GAACAUUUUUACAAUUUGGGGAUUGGAAAUGGUUUUCUUAACAAGAUAUAAAAACCCCAAAACAAGAAAACAAAGAUUGAAAUUCAUAAAAACUGGAUACUUCUGUAUGAUGAAAGACACGAUUAAUCAAGUUGUUAAGUUUAGCAAUAAACUAGGGGAGAUAUCAUAGCAUAUUUAACAGACAAAGGAUUGAUAGAUAUUACAGAUGAAAUAUAAAAUGGUUUCUCCAUAUCCAUAGGCAGAAGAUAAUCCAAUAGCAACAUAGUUAAAUAAUAUAAACAAAUCAUCCUUAGAAGAAGAUAUGCAAUCACCAAGAAACACAUGAAAAGGUGUCCAGCAUUUUGAAAUUCAAACAAUGAGGUGACAGAUCGGCAAAAAACUCAUAAAGAUUUAUCGUCUGAAGGACUGGCCAGGAUAAAGCCAAACUUCUCGUGUUGGUGGAAGAAACUGGUGAAGCCAUGUGAGGAGGCCACGUGGUCCUGCCUACCAAGAUGUGAAAUGUGUGUAGCACUUGAACUAGCCAUUCAGCCUCCAGGAGCCAACCAGAAGAAACAUUGACACACACUUACUCUGGUGAAAUUCAAGGACAUCUACCACAGCCUCCUUCGUAAUAGUGAAAAUCUGAAACUGCCUCAAUGACCAUCAAUAGGAAGUUGAUUUUAAAGUGUUACAGCACAUCUGUCUGGAGAGAUCGCACUGGCCACUCCUCCUCACCCCCUCUGCUGGAUCUUUGAGUAUAGGUGGCCUGGAGCCGGGUCCUGAGCCCUCUUUGGUCUAUCCCAACACUACCCAGCAUGGUAGCCACCAGUCACAGUGAACACUUGAAAAGUGGCCGAUCCUAACUGAAAAGGGCCGUGAGUGGGAAAUACACACCAGACCUCCGUAUCUUAGGCAGAAGUACAUUUUGUUCCAGACUAUUGACUGAGCCUGCCGCUGAGUUGGCUCCAGCACCCUGGCCCCCUGCUCCAUCCACUCACUGGGACUUCCUACUGCACAGGGCAACCUCUCCAGGGGCGCUUGGGCUGCGAGGGAGAGAGUGGGUGGCAUCCCAGGCAGAAGCUUCUUGAGCAGGGCCAGAGGAGGUGCCAGUCCCUGUGGGCCUCUGUUCUGGCAGUUUCAAACUCAGCCAGGCUUGUGUGGGCCAGGUUUACUGUUCUGGUUCAGAUUUCAAGACAAUAAUCAGGACAGGCCACACCAAAGCCCUCCGAUGGUCCCAUGGGCCUGCGCCUGAGCCACGCCAAGCUGCCUGCUCCCUUUCCUCUGCUUCCAGACUCACGGGGUCCUCUGCUCCUCGGAAUAGGAGUGUGGGAGACCCUGAGACACUGCCCCAGGACCUGAACAGGUGGCAAAGGCUUAACAGGCUAGCAGUCACUUCAGUGACAAGGUGAUUGAGUGGUCACCAUGGUGAUGGGGAUGGAGGCUCUUUGCCACCAGUCCCAGUUUUAUGCAUGGCAGCUCUAAUGACAGCACGGUCAGCCCUGCUGAGUCCACUUCUGGUCACCAUGACUACCACAGGCCCUCUCAGGAGCACAGUAAGCCCUGGCAGGAGAAUCCCCCACUCCACACCUGGUUGGAGCAGGAAAUGCCAAGCGGCGCCUGAGCCCCGGGGAAGCAGGCUAGGGUGUGAGAGACACAGUCACCUGCAGCUUAAUUACUCAAAAGCUGUCCCCAGGCCACAGGAGGGAGAGGACCUUUCCUACUGAGUCUGUCUGAAGGACACUAAGUCCCACAGCUCAACAGAACCUGGAGAGAAAGCGCUAAGGACGCCACCUGAGCGCCAAGCAAUGGCCCUGCCUGGAGAACAUCCAGGCUCAGUGAGGAAGGGUCCAGAAGGGAAUGCUUGCCGACUCGCUGGAGAACAAUGAAAAGGAGGAAACUGUGACUGAACCUCAAACCCCAAACCAGCCUGAGGAGGACCACAUUCUCCCGGGGACCCAGGGCAGGCCGUGACCCCUGCAGGGGAGAAGCCUUGGACAUUUCUGCUUCAGAAGCCUGUUGGGGAAGGCUGAGGGGUCCCAGCUCCCUGCGCUGGCUGCUGUGCAGAUGCUGGACGACAGAGCCAGGAUGGAGGCCGCCAAGAAGGAGAAGGUAGAGCAGAUCCUGGCGGAGUUCCAGCUGCAGGAGGAGGACCUGAAGAAGGUGAUGAGACGGAUGCAGAAGGAGAUGGACCGUGGCCUGAGGUUGGAGACCCAUGAAGAGGCCAGUGUGAAGAUGCUGCCCACCUACGUGCGCUCCACCCCAGAAGGCUCAGAAGUCGGGGACUUCCUCUCCCUGGACCUGGGUGGCACCAACUUCAGGGUGAUGCUGGUGAAGGUGGGAGAAGGUGAGGAGGGGCAGUGGAGCGUGAAGACCAAACACCAGAUGUACUCCAUCCCCGAGGACGCCAUGACCGGCACUGCUGAGAUGCUCUUCGACUACAUCUCCGAGUGUAUCUCCGACUUCCUGGACAAACAUCAGAUGAAGCACAAGAAGCUGCCCCUGGGCUUCACCUUCUCCUUUCCUGUGAGGCAUGAAGACAUCGAUAAGGGCAUCCUUCUCAACUGGACCAAGGGCUUCAAGGCCUCAGGAGCAGAAGGGAACAAUGUCGUGGGGCUUCUGCGAGACGCCAUCAAACGGAGAGGGGACUUCGAAAUGGAUGUGGUGGCAAUGGUGAAUGACACGGUGGCCACGAUGAUCUCCUGCUACUACGAAGACCAUCAGUGCGAGGUCGGCAUGAUUGUGGGCACGGGCUGCAACGCCUGCUACAUGGAGGAGAUGCAGAAUGUGGAGCUGGUGGAGGGAGACGAGGGCCGCAUGUGCGUCAACACCGAAUGGGGCGCCUUCGGGGACUCGGGCGAGCUGGACGAGUUCCUGCUGGAGUAUGACCGCCUGGUGGACGAGAGCUCUGCAAACCCCGGUCAGCAGCUGUAUGAGAAGCUCAUAGGUGGCAAGUACAUGGGCGAGCUGGUGCGGCUCGUGCUGCUCAGGCUCGUGGACGAAAACCUGCUCUUCCACGGGGAGGCCUCCGAGCAGCUGCGCACACGCGGAGCCUUCGAGACACGCUUCGUGUCGCAGGUGGAGAGCGACACGGGCGACCGCAAGCAGAUCUACAACAUCCUGAGCACGCUGGGGCUACGACCCUCGGCCACUGACUGCGACAUCGUGCGCCGCGCCUGCGAGAGCGUGUCUACGCGCGCUGCACACAUGUGCUCGGCGGGGCUGGCGGGCGUCAUCAACCGCAUGCGCGAGAGCCGCAGCGAGGAUGUAAUGCGCAUCACUGUGGGCGUGGAUGGCUCCGUGUACAAGCUGCACCCCAGCUUCAAGGAGCAGUUCCACGCUAGCGUGCGCAGGCUGACGCCCAGCUGCGAGAUCACCUUCAUCGAGUCGGAGGAGGGCAGUGGCCGGGGCGCGGCCCUGGUCUCGGCGGUGGCCUGUAAGAAGGCCUGCAUGCUGGGCCAGUGAGAGCAGUGACCGCCAGCACAGGGAGGAUGCCACAGCCCCACAGCACCCAGGCUCCACGGGGAAGUGCUCCCCACACGUGCUCGCAGCCUGGCGGGGCAGGAGACCUGGCCUUGUCAGGACCUGGGCUGCCUGCCAUCCCGCUGGGGAACCGAGCGGGCCUCUUCCCUCAGUCACUCAGUGGGACAGCCCCAGGGCCCUAACUGGGGUGUGGCAGGAGCAGGGACAGAGACUCUGGAAGCCCCCACCUUUCUCACUGGAAUCAACUUCCUAGAAGGGAGUUGCUCACUCAGGACUUUGUUGCAUUUCCACACUGUCAGAGCUGUUGGCCUCGCCUGGGCCCAGGCUCUGGGAAGGGGGUGCCCUCUGAAUCCUGCUAUGGCCUGUCUUCCCUGGGAACUCAUCCUGUGUGGGGAGGCAGCUCCAACAGCUUGACCAGACCUACACCUGGGCCAAAAGGGCAGCCAGGGGCUGCUCAUCACCCAGUCCUGGCCAUUUUCUUGCUUGAGGCUCAAGAGGCCAAGGGAGCAAUGGGAGAGGGCUCCAUGGAGGAGGUGUCCCAAGCUGCGAAUACCCCCCGAGACCUUUUCUCUCCUGUACCCCCAUCCCUGAGUGACUUGUGAUUCUGGGAUGGACCCUCACAGCAGGUGCAAGAGACAGAGCCCCCAAGCCCCUGCCCCAAGGGGCCCACAAAGGGGAGAAGGGCCAGCCCUGCAUUUUCAGCUCCUGCAGCACUGGCUCAGGAAGAAACCCCAAGCAGCAUUCAGCACACCCCAAGGGACCACCCCAUCAUACGACAUGCCACCUUCUCCAUGCCCAACCUGAGACUGUGUGAGUUUUUUAAUUAAAAAUGUUAAAAGUUUUAAA